UUGUACUCUCCAUAUGCUCUUUAUGUUGUAGAAACAGCUGCAGAAAUUGCCUUUUCCGUUUCAGAAAAAAAAUAUACAUAUAUGAUUUUGCAGAAAUGUCGGCUUGCUAAGAAUUUGUCAGAUCAGAAACAUGGUAAGUUGGCCUUGUUCUGGACUUUCUUUCUCAUUUAAUAGGUAUAGAUUCGAAUUGACGAUGGCUUUGGUAUAACGGCGUGUGGAAUGCUCUGUGCACUCACCUUCUAAUCAGAUAUUCAAAUUACUAAACCGAACUUUUGUCGCGAUAAUGGCAAUUCGACUCUUUCUCUCUUGCUUUUGAUUGAAGUGACAGUUAAUCCUAAUUGCUUACAUGCUUAAACUGUUGUAUGUCAGACAGAAAGGCUUCCAGUGUAGAGAAGAAUGCAGCUUGUCUGAAUAAAGAUAGUGAAGCAACUAGCAAGAGUGAUAUAGAAGUACUGGAGUCUUUGAAUAUCCAAAUAGAAGCUCAAAAGCUGCUGCAUGAGCAAAUUGAGGCACAAAGAGAGUUGCAGCUACGCAUACAGCAGAAUGUAGAGUUGUUGAAAAAGUUAAUGGAAGAACAGCAACAGAAUGCAAUUCCUAAACCUAUCCAUGAUGUGCCAACUUCCAUUUCAAACUGUGAUCAGCUAUCUCCCUCCUCAUCAAGGCCUGUGAUCAAUUACUGCUCUGCAUCUCAACCAUCAACUCAUGAAGCUACCAAAAAUCAUUUAAAAUCUAACAAAAGGCUCCGAGGAGAGCAGUAAUUUUUCCUUCUUCUUGGGCAUGAAUCCUAUGCCAAUGAGAUGGCCGAUCUGUGAAAAAAUUGCAUGAAUAAUUGAACCAGUAGAUGAUAUUAAAUUCCAGAUCAAGCAGACUUCAACCAAUGCAAGUUCUCAUGUAUAAAAGAAAAUAACUUUCAUAAGAAAAAAUUGAUUAUUCA